AAUAUGGUGGCAUGGGCUUGGACUUCUCGUAUAACAUUGCAGUGGCAGAAGAACUGGGAAAUAUCCGGUGUGGGGGUAUUCCGAUGGCGAUUGGAGUGCAAAUUGGCAUGAGCACACCCGCUCUAACAAGAUUUGGUUCAGAUGAGUUGAAAAAACAAUUCCUUGCACCAACUAUAGCUGGAGAUUUUGUGGCUUGUUUGGGAAUCAGUGAAGUUGGAACUGGAUCAGAUGUUGCAAGUAUCAAGACAACAGCUGAGAGAAAAGGCGAUGAGUAUAUAAUAAAUGGCGGUAAAAUGUGGAUUACAUCAGGGUCUCAAGCAGACUGGAUGUGUCUGCUGGCGAAUACCAGUAAAGGACCUCCUCAUAGAAAUAAAUCUCUUAUAUGUCUGCCAAUGAAUCUACCUGGCAUUCACAUUACUAAAAAGAUAGACAAACUGGGCAUGAGGUCAUCAGACACAAAUCAGAUCAUUUUUGAAAAUGUAAGAGUCCCCAGCAAAAACCUCAUUGGUGAGGAAGGAAUGGGUUUUACAUAUCAGAUGUUGCAAUUCCAAGAAGAGCGGCUGUGGGGAGUAGCCACUGUCCUGACAGCGCUGGAAAAUAUAAUACGAGAAACUAUUGACUACACUCGCCAGAGAGUAGCCUUUGGUCAGCCGGUGCUUCAUAACCAAACAGUGCAUUUCCGCCUGGCAGAGUUGGCAACAGAGGUGGAACUCCUUCGCUCGCUGCUCUACCGCACUCUUGCUCUCUAUCUAGAAGGCAAUGAUGUGACCAAACUUGCCUCCAUGGCUAAGCUUAAGGCAGGUCGUCUGGCCCGUGAAGUGACUGACAGUUGUCUUCAAUUUUGGGGAGGAAUGGGAUUCUCCAGUGAGGUCCUGGUGAGCAGAUUUUAUAGAGACUUGAGAUUGACAUCAAUAGGAGGUGGUACAGAUGAAACCAUGCUUUCUAUCAUAUGCAAAUACAUGGAAACACUUCCAAAGAAGUAACUCCUACUCUCUUGAAUAUGUAAGAACUCAAAGAGUAUGGCUU